AUGUGCAGUGUUGCUGCUGUCGGACAUGUCUGCCCUCGUCGGGCUCCAAAGUCCGAUGGUGAUAACACGACGCCCGCCGUCGAGUUGAUAUGGGCAUACAAGAAGAUAUGGGCAUGCAAUGAUCACAGGGCCCGGUCGACAUCGGUGGUUGCCAUCUGCAGCACCGCCUCGGUCUGCAAUGGACACGACUCCCCAGUCUACACGGCCUGGAUCGAUCCCGUGCUGCCGGCAGAGGAGGCUACGACGAGCCCCGUAUGCGUUGCAUACGCACCGAUAGCGGUCUCUAUCACCAUCCCAUAUCACAUUCCUGGGUGUACAGCCGUCAGUUGGCACGGAGCCGAGAAAUGGUCUAUCUGCGUCUACCUUGAGUCUUCAGGUAUCCCGGACCUACCCGCGAUGUCGGUCGACGACGACCGCAAAGACCAAAAAGUCGGCAUGGCCUCGGGCGCUAUGGAAGACACAGCGUCCGUGAGCCGCGGAAAGGUCAUCUGCACCGGUUCGUCCACCGAAGGCGGUGAUGUCGCCGCAAAGUACGCCAACGUCUUCACCGACGGCGAGACCUACUCGGCGUCCGAGUGGGGGAGGCUGCGCUGGAAGCUGGACCUCCGCUUCGUGCCCCUCCUGUGGUUCAACGUGACGCUCGGUGCGAUGGACAAGGUCACGACAGCUACGGCUGCCCUGUACGGUUUCCGCGAGGACACUGGCCUUACCGGCGACCGUUACAGCUGGGUCGGCAGCGCCUUCUACUUCGGAUAUCUCGUCUGGUGCAUUCCCAGCGGUACCCUGCUCCAGAAGUUCCCCGUCGCCAAGCUCAUGUUCGCGGCCCAGCUGAUAUGGGGUGUGAUCCUCGUCGCGACGGGUUUCGCCCACAACUUUGCCACCCUCAUCUCCCUCCGCGUCCUUCUGGGAGCCCUCGAAGCACCGGUGGUGCCCGGGAACCUUCUCGUCAUGAGCAUGUGGUACACGCGACGCGAGCAGCCGAUCCGCACCGGACUCAUGUACACCGGGCUCUCGGUGUGCUUCACCGGACCGAUAGGCUGGGGGAUCGGGUUCCUUUCCGGCGAGCACCGGUGGCGCGCCAUGUUCUGGAUCACCGGGGGGGUGACGAUCGUGUGGGCGUGCGUCGUCGGCAUCUUCCUGCCGGAUAGCCCCGUCGAGGCCAAGUUCGUCACGGAACGGCAGAAGGCCAUCGUCAUCGACCGGCUGCGGGCGGACCAGACGGGCGUGGAGAACAAGAACUUCCGCGGGGAGCAGGUGGUCGAGGCCCUGACGGACCCCAAGACCUGGCUCAUGUUCCUCUUCAACAUCUUCAUCUCCAUCCCCAACGGCGGGCUCACCAACUUCUCGCCCCUCAUCAUCCAGGGGCUGGGCUACUCGUCCCAGCGGUCCACCUUGCUCACCAUGCCCACCGGCAUCAUACAGACCAUGUCAUCCUACAUCUGCAACGGCGGCGUCUUCCUCUGCGCAAAGUACCUGCCGCAGCGCCAGUGUCGCGUCGCCUGGGUCCUCUUCGGCAUCGUCGUCGGCCUCAUCUCCGCCGUCUUCCUCUACACCCUGCCGUUGGACGACUAUCUGGGCCGUCUGGCUGCCCUCUACAUGUCCUACUUCUAUCUCGGGCCCUAUAUCGUCUGCCUGGGGAUGAACACGGCCAAUACUGCCGGCCACACGAAGAAGGUGACGGUCAACGCCAUCAUAUUCCUCGCCUACUGCACUUCCAACAUCAUCGGUCCCCAGUUCUUCCGAGCCGCGCAGGCGCCGCUGUACCCGCUCGGGAUGGCUGCCAUCCUCGGGAGCUAUGUCCUAUCCAUCAUCACCGUCAUGACAUACGCCCUCUACUGCUGGCGGGAGAACGCCAGGAGGGACAGGGUGGAUGAGGCGGCUGGUGCUGCUCACCAUGAUGAUACUGAUUUCCGCGACUUGACUGACAAGCAGAAUAUCCACUUCCGUUACGUCUGGUGA